GUACCGUUUCUUUUGGCAGCCAUCGGCUCUCGGUGCAGUCACAGUGCUUUGGGUGGUCUCGUAAAAAAAGAGGCUCAGCCUUUCCCAUCUGUUGGAAUUUACCGUAAAAAACCCCUCUUCCCCUCAACUCUCCUACACCAUGUUCUCCUCCAGAUUCAUUAGACCUGCCGCCAGCACUUUUGCCAGAGCUACUCCUCGCCCUAUCAUCACCAAUACCCCUUCAAUUGCUUCCCGCUUUUUCACCACUUCGUCGCCCAAGAUGACUGUCCACAACAUUGCUACCGUCGCCGAGUUCAAGGAGGCCAUUGCCAAGCACCCCAUCGUUGUCCUUGACGCUUUCGCUACCUGGUGCGGUCCUUGCAAGGCCAUCGCUCCCACUGUCGCCAAGUGGUCCGAGGAGCCUCAGUUCAAGGACACCGUCUACUUCGCCAAGUUCGACGUCGACGCCCUUCCCGACCUCGCCCAGGAGCUCGGCAUCCGCGCCAUGCCCACUUUCGUCAUCUUCAAGAACGGCGACAAGGCUGACGAGUUCGUCGGUGCCAACCCCCCUGCUCUCCUGGCCACCAUCACCAAGCAACUUUGAAUAAAGAGCGGAGAUAUGGGAUAGAUACAACAGGAUGAUACCGAGAAAUAGAUAGGGAAUGCAAAGUUUAAGCCAUUCGGAACAGCACUUUGUGUGUGAGCGCCUACCAACAUGCGCGCAUGUGAGUGAGUAGGGCUGGGAUGGGAGGCUGUCUGGCUAGGUAUGCUGUGGUUAGAGUGUCAUUCAUGGUUACAUACAUGACUGCAACUUACCAUUGCAGCACGACCACGAUGGAGACUGCUGCCGGUACCCAACCACGAUUCAUGGCCCGACACGAGAAAAAGGAAAGACUAGAAACGGUACUGGAAACACUUGCGUACCUA